AUGGCGGCGCGGGACAACGAGAAUGUGACCGCGCGUGUAGCUGCUGAGAGCGUGGAGUCCGUUGGUUGGCGAUGUGCGGAUGGGCGCACAGGCGGGUGGGCAGCGGCUAUGCUACAAAAGGGACAUGCUGGAGACAUCCUCUGCAACUGA